GAUCCUCAAGCCUCAAGUCCCCGCGUCACCCCGCCUUCACUCUCUCUCUUUCCCCGGGAUCCAGAACCUCCGCCCUUCUAGGCUCGCUGGCUCGUGGCCAAGGAGCGCGCGCGCCGCCUCCGCCCCGAACGCAAACAGCUGUUGCGGAGACGUCGCCGCCCUCAACUUUGCCAAGUAGUCCGCACGAACUCUGACCAGCGGAGCAACGCGGCCUCGUAGGCUGGGGCCGUUGGCCGAUUAAAAAAAGAGAGGUGAAAUAGUUGGUUUCGGGGUAGCGAGUCGCUGGACUUUGCUUAAGAACUUUUCCGAGGCGGAAGAGCGGCCCCGCCCAGGCCCCGCGACGCCCGCGCGCUCGGGCCUGGCUCGUUCCUUCGCCGGGGAGCGCGUGGGCAGCGGCUGGAGUGGCGCAGAGGCGGUCACAGGAGUGACUGUGCUGGGAGCGAGCCGAGGACGCGGCGGCGGCAGUUGCACUUGUCAGAUGAACUUUAGCAGAAUCUUGAAGUAUGGGGAGAGAGGAUAGUGGGGAAACAGCAAGAACAAAGGCAGAGAGGAACAGAUGCCUGCCAUUGAUGCCUUCCUACCUAUUCAGCAUCUUACUAUGGUGUAUUGCCCUGGGGAGUAAAAUCCUGGAGGACCCUAAACAGAUGGGCAAUUGAUGCAUUUCACAGCCAAGACGUUCUAGAGAAGAAAAAUUUCAGAAAUAUCCUCAGUUUGUGUAGAAUACCGUGAACCAAGAAUAUUUGAAACACCUUCCCUAAGGAAACCUGGGUAUUCAGUAACUUCGCCUACUUAGCUGAGGAUUUUUUACCCAAAUUGGUCACUGGACUGUGCAUCCUGAUACUUGAACCUUUUUGGAGCUUUUCUCAUGUGGAUCUAAGGGGAAUGCUUUAUUAUGGCAGCUGUUGUCCAACAGAACGACUUAGUAUUUGAAUUUGCUAGUAACGUCAUGGAGGAUGAACAACAGUGUAUGGGCAGUGUUGGUGUGUAACAACAAUUUCAAGACCAGAAACAGAUGCUCUCACAAAGUCUUUCUUCUGCUUGGUGAUCCAGCUAUUUUUCCUGCUGUAAUAGUGGAACAUGUUCCUGGUGCUGAUAUUCUUAAUAGUUAUGCUGGUCUGGCCUGUGUGGAAGAGCCCAAUGACAUGAUCACUGAGAGCUCUCUGGAUGUUGCUGAGGAAGAAAUCAUAGAUGAUGACGACGAUGACAUCACCCUUACAGUAGAAGCCUCCUGUCAUAAUGGGGAUGAAACAAUUGAAACUAUUGAGGCUGCUGAGGCACUCCUCAAUAUGGAUUCUCCUGACCCUAUGCUGGAUGAAAAACGAAUAAAUAAUAAUAUAUUUAGUUCACCUGAAGAUGACAUUGCUAUUGCCCCAGUCACGCAUGUAUCCGUCACAUUAGAUGGGAUUCCUGAAGUGGUGGAAACUCAGCAGGUUCCGGAGACAUAUGCCCACUCACCAGGAGCCUCAUCACCAGAACAACCUAAGAGAAAGAAAGGAAGAAAAACUAAACCACCACGACCGGAUUCCCCAGCUGCUACACCAAACAUAUCUGUGAAGAAGAAAAACAAAGAUGGGAAGGGGAACACAAUUUAUCUUUGGGAGUUUCUGUUGGCACUGCUCCAGGACAAAGCUACUUGUCCUAAGUAUAUCAAAUGGACCCAGCGAGAAAAAGGCAUAUUUAAGUUGGUGGAUUCUAAAGCGGUAUCCAGGUUGUGGGGGAAGCACAAAAACAAACCUGACAUGAAUUAUGAGACCAUGGGAAGAGCUCUCAGGUACUAUUACCAAAGGGGCAUCCUGGCAAAAGUAGAAGGUCAGCGCUUGGUGUAUCAGUUUAAAGAAAUGCCAAAAGAUCUUAUUUAUAUAGAUGAUGAGGAUCCAAGUUCCAGCAUGGAGUCUUCAGAUCCAUCACUAUCUUCUUCAACAACCACUUCAGUUAGGAACCAAGCAAGCCGAUCAAGGGUAUCUUCAAAUCCAGGGAUAAAAGGAGGAGCCACUACAGUUCUAAAACCAGGGAAUUCUAAAGCUACAAAACCCAAAGAUCCUGUGGAAGUUGCACAGCCAUCAGAAGUUCUGAGGACAGUGCAGCCCACACAGCCCCCAUAUCCUACCCAGCUCUUCCGGACUAUUCAUGUGGUACAGCCAGUACAAGCUGUUGCAGAAGGAGAUUCAACCAUAACCAGUAGCAUGCAGGAUGAGACAUUAAAUUCUUCCAUUCAGAGUAUUAGGACUAUACAGGCUCCAACCCAGGUUCCAGUGGUUGUGUCUCCUGGGAAUCAGCAUUUGCAUACAGUAACACUCCAGACCGUGCCAAUCACAACAGUUAUAGCCAGCACAGAUCCAUCAUCAGGUGCUGGAUCUCAGAAGUUUAUUUUACAAGCCAUUCCAUCAUCACAGCCCAUGACAGUACUGAAAGAAAAUGUCAUGUUACAGUCACAGAAGCCAGGAUCUCCUCCUUCGAUUGUCUUGAGCCCUGCCCAGGUACAGCAGGUUCUUACUAGCAAUGUUCAGUCAGUUUGCAAUGGAACCGUCAGUAUGGCUUCAUCUCCAUCUUUCAGUGCUACUACACCUGUGGUGACCUUUUCUCCUCGCAGUUCACAACUGGUUGCUCAUCCAUCUGGCACUGUAAUCACUUCUGUUUUCAAAACUCAAGAAACAAAAACUCUUAUACAGGAAGUAGAGAAAAAGGUUGAAGAUCAUUUGAAAGAAGACACUGAGAAAACUGAGCAACAACCACAGCCUUAUGUGAUGGUGGUGUCCAACUCCAACAGAUUUACCUCUCAGGUAGCUAUGAAACAAAACAAAUUGCUGGAACCCAACUCCUUUUAGUUAAUAUACCAAAGGAAUUGUGGAUAAUUGCUUUUUAAUGGAAUGUUUUCAGUUGUAUGUAAACUAUAUGAUUGAUUCUAAGAUAAUUCCUAACUUUGUAGUUAAUUGUUAAAAAUUUAGAGUUAAUUUUGACUUUGUUAGAUGAGAGAGGAAAACCUUAGUGUUACUCUUUGUUCUCUAAAUGUUACAGAAUUCAAUUGUGAAGGAACAGGUAUUUUAUACUAUGAAGACAUUCUUUUGAGAUUUUUUUCAGUUGCUAUUAAGUAUUUUAAAAAAGAUUUCUUUUUAAAUUUUACAUUGUAUUAGCUUUUUUGAUUCUUUUGUAAAUGCAGUACUUAAGUAGAAGGCAACAGGAAAUUUACAUAGGAACUAUCUUCAUUCCACUUGUAUAAGUUAAGUCUUGACUCUUUCAAAUGCAGUACACCUAUUUUAUACUUUCAUUAAAAUUAUGCUUUUAUUUAGACAGUUGGUUGCACUGUAUAUGAACUAUGAAUAUGUAAAAUAUAACAUUAAAAAUAGAAAUGUGCCCAUCAUAUAGUUGAACCUGUUUUCAGAAGCAGGAUAGUAUAAAAACAUCGCCUGUGAGUGGCUCCCCUACUAAAAAAUUAAAUAACCUUGGGCAAGCCACUAUAUCUUUUCGGGCCUCAAUUCUUUCAUAAAAGGAAGAGAUGCAUUGGAUUAGACUAGAUGAUCUCCAGCUUCCUUUCUAAUUCUAAGUUUUCUUAUUCUAAUUCCUGUAUUUUAAAAGUAUAUUGGUGAAAACAUUAUCAGCUUACUUCCUAAUAGCUAAAAUAUUGCAGGAAAAGUGGCUUUGCAAAUUUCAUUCUUCUAAUUAUCUGUAACAUCUGCUAUGCACCUGAAUUCUUCCUAAAUACUUUGUUCAUUAGCUCCUUAGGCCGCUGCACACUGUGGUCUAUUAGUAAACUUAUGUUGCUGAGUGUUAAAUGAUAUACUGCUGUUCUGAAAGAGUCAAGGCUCUUUCCUAAGGGCCCAGAAAGCAAUCAAGCAUUGGCUAAUCUGGCUGAGUAGUCAGUUGCUGUAAGAGCAUAAUUACUUUAUAUUUUGGAUCAUUUUUUUCUUGGGCAUAAGGGGGAAUUGCAUACAGAGAUAAUAUACAUAUAUACCCAAGUUUCUAAAAUGAAAAGACUUUUUAAGAUUACUUUUUCAGCUGUAAAUAAUGUACAUUUAAUUUCACAAGAAAAGUUGAUCUCUGCAAAUUUUCUAGUAUAGCAAAGAGAAAUAUUUGUAGAUGAAAAAUCAGGUUUAGAGGUCUAAUGUUUUAUGUUUUCAUAUUACAGAGUGAAUUUGUAUUUAAACAAAAAUUUAAAUUUUGGAAUCCUCUAAACAUUUUUGUAUCUUUUAAUUGGUUUAUUAUUAAAUAAAUCCUUUAAAAAUUCUGUGUUCUCAAGCAGAU